AUGGAUGCACUACUGUUCAAUCUUGCUUCGAAUGCUGCACCCAAGUAUGCUGAAUUAUCAACUGCAGCCAACAGUGCCCGAGAAAUGGCAUUGCGCGAUAGCGAUAACUCGGGUGCACCACAUAUCUUGCGAGCGAAAUGUUUAGCAGCCGUUCAAAUCGCGCUCAAUACGAAACAACCGAAAAUCUCACAAAUCGCCACUGAUGCCUUACAGGCAAUGGUUCGUGAUAAAAGAUUCGAGCGUGAAGAUGUGACUGAAACCGAGAACGAGAGCUGUGCUAUACAAGUUCUGAGUGCAUUGAGUGCAUUGCACACUUGGAAACCUCAAUACCAGUGUCGAUUAUUUACGAUCUUAGUUGAAAUGAUGUGCAGUGACGAUCGAAGAACGUCUGUGGCUGCUGUGAAUGCAGUUUUAGAGUUAUGCAUGAAAGUGUACGAGUCGGCUGAAACAACAAGUGUGCGUCUUGCCUCAAGAGCUGCUAUUUCACAGAUUAUCAGCUCUUUUUGUGCAUCGUCGAAUCUUGAUGCGUUUUGGAAAUGUGUAUUUCAAAGUGUCAUCAUGAUGUUCAAAUUGAAGGAUGAUGAUAGCAAACAGGAGCAAAUAGCUGUUUUCAUGGAUGCAACGUCUGUGUUGGAUAGUGCUAUUAAAAAGACGAACUCAUUGGGGCACCACGCAGAAGAAACUGUCAUUCUUCUUGAUGCUAUUCACAGCAUUCUUUGUUCGCAGUCAAAUACGAUUCAAAAUCAUCAACCAUUCAUCAAUGUCAUUUGGCAAGAACUAUGUCCGUGCAUAAUGAAGCUACUCGGCGAGCCACUGAGAGGAUCUACUCGAGAUAAGACUGAUGAGCCACUGGGUCGGGGUCAGAGUGCAGUUGUCAUACUCAAUAAAUCAAUUUUCGAAUUUCCUGAAGCAGCACGUUCACUUUAUCAAAUUGUUGAACAAUUGUUACGUUUGCUUGCUCCUUUGCCGACAAUGUACACCGUCCUAGAAGCAGUUUUUCACAAAGCGUUACUCUAUCCAAAAGUUGAACAACGAGCAGAAGCUCUCCGUCUCAUCAGAAAAGUCGUUGGAAACGAUGAACGAACGGUGGACCUGUUAUCGAUUUCUGUUCACGCAAAGGCACUCACUCUUUGGAAGAUCUUCCUGGACUGUAUCUUUGAAUGCACUCAUUCAAACUGUAUCGAAAUUUCAAUUGAAUCAUUACGUUGUAUUGAAAUAUUCUUAAGUUCUCUUUCGAGAAUUUGCUCUGCUGAUGGUGCUGAAAUAUUGCCUCCUCAAUUAGUUGUUCUAACGUGUGAGCUUCUGCCGUCAUCCAAAGCAUCUGUUGUUGCAUCUUUUCCCUACAAGAUAGAUGAAGGACUGAAAAGAGCAACUGAAAUGAUGAGUAUUGGAAGUUUCGAUGACGAAAAACGAAUUGAAGCAACAGAUGCUGAUAAUGGAACGGAGAAUAAUCAUCAAGAGGACGACAAACGCACCUUAAAAGAGAGCCUUCAACUGAAAGCAUUCAAUACAAGCUCUGAUGAGAUUUCCACAAGGCUCCAUUGCUUAGCAAAAAAAAUUCAAGAACAAAAUGCUGACCACGAUUUCAAUGCUAGCGAUAGUGCUGAGCCGCAUGAAUCGAGCAAUGAGGUGAGUCAAUUCCGUGCAACUCUCUUAUCAAUUGUUGUGUUAAUGCGAUUAUUCACCAUGUUUCUUGUUCGUAAGGAAGAGAACGAAACCGCGAAAUGCUUCGUAAAUGAGCUAGAAGCACGAUUACCGAGUUGGAUGCAGUUGAAGAGUACAAUCGAAGUUGAUGAAGCAAUCCAAGCAUUUGCUUCCACUUUUUUCUCAGAGUUCAACGAUGCGCAAAAGAUUGCAUUUGAAUCACGUGGUCGAGCACAGUCACAAUUUCUGAAUUCGGAUGCCAUUUACCUGUGCAUUUAUGCAUCAUUGGCUGUUUCUAUGCGACUGCAUACGCAUCCAGACACGGACAAGCGAUGGUUCGUUAACGAAAUCUUACGAAGUGGUUGCAUUGUGUAUGCAAGCGAUCGUUGGUUAUGUGCCGUUUAUUCGCAGUUGAUGAAUCGUGAUAUUUUUGCAACAUACACAAAUCAGCCAAAUAGCUCACCACUGAUUGAUGCUAUUCAAGAUUUUGAUGGUCGGGAUCAGCGCAUAAUGAGCGAUGUUCGUCGUAUUCAGAAAUUAGUCGCUCUACCGAGUGAUCAUUGUGUAGCUGCUCGUCGCUCAUCACGAUGGAUUUUGACAGCAUCAUGGGACGCCUUCAUCGGUGCAAUAUCACGUUUCGUUAUUUCACGUGAUAAGCAACGUGGCAUUAUACGUCCGAAACUUUCCGAAGCCACUAAUCAUGCACUUCAUGCCGUUCACGCUCUUGCUUACAUCUCCACUGCACUAGGCAUUGGCAAUCGAAGUGGUUGGAUAUUCGAACAGCUGGUUGAAAUGUCUUGUCCAGUUGAGGAACUACGUGAGAUGAGCUCACGAGAGAAGAUCAAUAACUCGUCAAGCGAUCGCCUCACCAAAUGGCCGUUGCGUCGAGUGGAUGCGUUCUCAAUGCAAAUCAUACUUGAUACUGCACUUGAAUGUGCACUUCAUGCACCCGAAUGCUGGAAACAUGUGAUCAGAUGUACCGAAUAUAUUUGGGAAGUCGAGAAAUUUUUGUUCGGAACAACGGCACAAGAGCAAAACAAUAGAUGGUCGUUAUGGAAGAAGAAGGAUACAAAGAAAGUUCUAACUGAUGAACAACAGUAUACCGAACAAAGUAUUGAGGAUAUUCUAAAUGGUAGUGCUGACGAUAUCUUGGAUAGUCAUAUAGCAGCACGGGUUCUGUGUGUUCUUAUCGCUAAAACUGAUAGUUUGUAUGAGAGUGUCGGCAAGAAGUUGAAUUUGCAGUCGUUAUGUGAGCUAAUGAAAAGCUUAGUGACCGCAAGUGAGAAUCGAUUACAGUAUUCCACCCAAAAGAGCGUCGCACUAACCGAACCGGCUAGCAUAAUGCACCGAAUUGCGUUCAUUAUGCUGCGAUUAUCACCACGGCCGUUAAUACAUUUGAUGAAAGUUUGGCCAAUAAUUACUUCACAUUUUAUACAGUGUGCUUGUACUCGUGAAGAUGAACAAUUGACGAGAGCAUCAAUUGGAUGUUUGAAUGAUUGCGUUUCGGGUCUUUUAAUAUCAGAAUCGAAUGGUUUCUGCUUCAACCAAAUGCUCUUCCAUCCAUUUCAGGAUAUUCUGUGUGGUGAUAUGUGUUCUGAAGAAUCUCAAGAUCAAAUUGUGUCACUACUCGCCUCGUUUGUGCAUGCUCGUUCGGAUGAGAUCGGCUCCGGAUGGCGUCCUCUUUUCGGUGCUUUACGUGCGCUUCGCACAUCUCCACUCAACGAAAGUGAUGCGAUCAAUGACGGCAUUUCUUCGGUUCAAGCCACUGUCCUUGAUGUUUUCUCGACCUACCUCAAUAUUCGGAAUGCGAAUAUCCUUAUUGCAACUCUACUCGAUUACAUCACUUGCGUGUUACAUUACCUUCAAGCCAGCGGUAAACACCAGUUCUCUUUCAUCACUUUUCAUUUCAUAAUUCAUUCCUUCGACAAGAAAAGUUUCUGCACUCCUCUUGAAAUCAAACCAAAAUUUCUCGCUCAACUUCCAGAAUCGAACUUUGGCGAAAAUUGUCAAGAUUUUGAAGUGGCUUCGACAGCUUUAAAGUGCCUCUUGAAAGUUGAAAAUAUGGUGCAUGAACUGGCCAUCAAAGCCGAUAGCGCUGUUCCUCAUCUUCUCCAUAGACUUGUGUUGAGAGAACGGGUCUGUGAAAGUAUCGACGCAUCAGUUGAACCGUCUUAUAUAGUGGAACCGCUGUCGAGCGUUCUACUUGAUGAUCCAUUUUUCGAUAGCACCUAUCAUUCACCACUUCCAGUCGAUCUUGAUCGCAUUAUACAACCAACACUCGAUUCGUUUCCAUGGACCUCGUCUGGUGCUGUGGUGAAAAGCUGUAUUGAGCUGCAUCUGUCAUUAGUUGAGGGUUUAACUGCUGUCGCAAUCACUUGUCCGGCCUCAUUACAAUCCAAGUUGCUUGCCACUAUCGCAGAUAUCAUUUCAAAUCUCAUCAAUUCAAAAUUCGGAAUGGACUAUGGCUCAUACACACUUUCUUCGCUGAUAUUCCCAGUUUUGCAACAAUGGAUUCGACGCGAAACUUCUGAUAGUGAAGUGAAUUUGAAACAAGCAAUUGGACUAUUCACCGAAGUUACUGUUACUUACAUGAAUACCUCACAAGGUAAAUCUGUGAAUGUUCAGCGCGUUGCUCUGAACGAGUCGCUCGACUUGGAUGUGCUUGUAUUAGGCAUCUUAUCAAAGCAACUGCCAAUUCAUUCACUCAGUCCAGAUGGACUAUUUGGACUGACUCUAUCUUACAUUCGUUUAUUGAUGCGUUAUUAUUUGGUGGAUUCAAAAGAUACGAAUGGAGAUGUCGGUCGAGUUCGUGUAAUCGUCUCUGAAAGCUCAUCGUCAGCAUCUCAUCAAAUAUCACUUCUUGCACGACAGGUAUUUCUGCUCGAUAAUCAAAUAUUGCAAGAGUCGACUACUGAUAAACAAAAGAACGAAUACACCCAAACUUUUAAUAAAGACCUCUUGCUCUCAGAGGAUGAUGGUGAUGAUAUCAGGCUCCCAAUCCAACAGUUAGUUGUUUCAUUGCUGAGUCAUCAACUGAUUCUUCAAUUAAUUGGCUGUUUACUCUUGCAAAAUGUCCAUUUACCAGUUACUGGCUCAGCUGAAACGAUUCUCAAUAAAAUCAACAAUUCAUCGGAAGAUAACAACAAAUAUCUUGACAAAUUAUGUGAAGANCACGUAACGACACUAUUUCACUGUCUUGAUGCGUCACUACAAGUCUCACGCCAUUUCGACUCUCGUCCAGGCCUGAAAUCACUCAUUCAGAGUAUCUUCAACUUUUCGUCGGCUCCAAAUCUAUACAAGCAAUGUGUGCUUGCGUGGACAUUGCGAUCGUUGACAAUGUACGAAUUAGUGCGUACUUCCGCUUCUUUGGAUGAGAAACGUAUCGAUGAUUUACUGAGCAAUGGCAGAUGUCAAGAGGAUGAUUUUAUGGUUUGGCAAUUGCACAGUUGUCAUGCGAAAGUGUGUACAUACCUUUGCACAGUUGAGAAAUCAUUGGCGUUCGAGAAGAUCAGUCAUCUAACGAGAUCACAUGUGGUUCAGCAAUUUUCGCUCAUACUUGACGAUACCCAUGAGGAAACGCUGAACGAUGAGAAAUUAUACAAAGUAAUCUGUUCCGAUGAAGCGGAUGCACUGAUUUCAAAUUAUAAGAAAGCGAAAAAGGCAAGUUCAUUGAGUACACAUCGAAGAGUGAAUCCAUUCGAAGGAGAAUCAAAACAAGAGCACGAUUCUCAAUUUAGUUUUCAUCUUAACGAUGGUGAUGUUCGUUGCGUGGCAUGGACUGAAAUGUCGUUGACUAUGGUCAAUUUGCUGUUAAACGAAAACGAAGGAAUAUUUCGACGUCUCUCACCAAUAUUUUAUUCGAAUUUAGUCAUUCUUCUGAAUGGUUCAACAGAUAUAUGUGUCCGUAAAACAACCGCCGAUCUACUCAUCAAACUCCUAUCCGUCUAUAAAAUGUUCACUUUUCAUAAACCGAUCAGUUAUUAG